CCCUGCAAACUGCCCCCACAUACAUUGGCAAGUAGUAAGACUAGUAGUACUUGCAACAAAGAAGUCACAACUCACAAACCCCAACAAAAGAAAAAUAAAAACUCACAAACAUUCACUGAAAAACCAAACUUCUUUACUCUUCUUCUUCAUCAUCUUCUUCUUCAUCUUUCUCUCUCUUCUGUAAUAAAACACUUUCUCUCUCCUCUGCUUGAAAAUGCCAAGGCCAGGUCCAAGGCCAUAUGAGUGUGUUAGAAGAGCUUGGCAUAGUGAAAGACACCAACCCAUUAGAGGCUCUCUCAUUCAAGAAAUUUUCAGGAUUGCAAAUGAGAUUCAUAGUCCAGCAACAAAGAAGAAGAAAGAAUGGCAAGAAAAACUCCCCAUUGUUGUUCUUAAAGCUGAAGAAAUUAUGUACUCUAAAGCUAAUUCUGAGGUUGAGUAUAUGGAUCUUAAAACUUUGUGGGAUCGAGCUAAUGAUGCAAUCAACACCAUUAUUCGUCGUGAAGAGGGGUCUGAAGAUACAGGGGAGUUUUUGCAGCCUUGCAUUGAAGCUGCUCUACACUUAGGCUGUUUCCCAAGAAGGGCUUCAAGGAGUCAAAGGAACAAUCUUCCGAAAGGUUACUUAACCGGAAAUCCGGAUUUAACCAAUGUUAUAGAAGGAAAUCCUAAGCACACUUCAUCCUUUGUUCCACAUUACUCGAACUUUCUAGGAAAAGAGCCACAAAAUCUUGUUCUUCCCAACAGAAGUUGCUUGAACAAUGAACCCUUCCUAAGUAGCCAAAAUGGCUUGCCUCGUCUAGGUUCAUUUCCGUCUCCAUCUUAUGCUGUUUAUCCACUGUACUAUGGAGGCUACUCUCAACCUAUGGAACCACAACUAAAGCUUGGUGAUCCUUCUACUUCAAAAUCUAUUAGCAAUGCCCGGCCUGAAAUUGAUUUAUCUCGAAACUUUUCCUUGUGUAAUGAGGAAAAUACAAUAAUGAGGAGAGACCAACCAAACAUACCUAUCAGUCCACCUAUUAAUGAAUGUGAUUUAUCUCUUCGCUUGGGAAUUUCUUCAGUGCAAGAGGAUGAAAAGUCUCUUUUAAAUGGUUUUCAAGAGAAAAUAAAGGUUAUGGGUUCAAGGAAGGAGUCUAAAGAGAGGUUUUCCUUGUAUCCUGAGAACAAUGCUAGCUCCGCUAAUGUAAGUUUGGACAUAAAUUUGAUGGUAAGGAAGCGAAAGGCAGUUGAUCAAGAUCCGCAUCAUUCAUGGGAGCCAAAGUUCAUGCCAACUUACUCUAGUGAAGGAACAAGAACUGCAGGUUAGUUAAUAGCGCUAUCGGCCUUCAGUAGAUGGGUAGAGAAUUGCAAGUAUUAGGGGGAAAGUUCUUAUUGUUGUGUAUGUAAAAUUUGUAGUUUCACUUUGCGAAAUGCUUACUCAUUUGGCUUGUUUGAGUUGUGCCAUUUGCUAGAAUGAGUUGCUGCUUGUGAAUCAUUUCGUUUCCGUGAAAUUUGUACAUAACUGUAGUCUGUUGUAUCAAAUGUGUUUCAGCUGCUUCAUUGGCUA